AUGCCUAAAGCCGUCAAACCACCCUUAACGAGCAGCCGAGUCCUACGAUCUCAUACCAGACAAGCAGCUACAAAAGCCGCCCCAACGAAGGUCACCAAGAAACGUCGCCCGCGUGCAGAUCCCUGGGCGAAGAAGCGCAAGCCAAACCCCAGUCCCAAGCCACGCAAACCACCGCCAACCGACUUCACAUGCCGCAUUUGCAUCGAGGAGAAACCUACAGACCAAUUCGUAGGAUGGGUUCCUCCAAAGCGCGGUCGCUGGCGACCAACAGACGUCCCAUUCGCCUGUGUCGCCCAUCUAGCCCGUAACCCCAGCAAACGGAAAGUCGACCCCGUCUGUAAAACAUGCAUUGGGCGCUUUCUCUCUGCCAAGAUGGAUACACUAGGCGUACGAACAAUCAACAACGGCUGUCUAGAACCUGGUUGCUCAGUACCCUGGUCCCACGACUUCGUCUUACGCUAUAUGCCGCCCGGCGCUCCACUGGAGAAAUUCAACAUGGAAAUGCUGGAGGUGUGGAAAGAAACUGCAAGUCCAGCACCACUCACUUGUCCAUCGCCGAUGUGCAAUGCAAUUGGUCUACCAGACACGGCAGCGGCGGGGUACCCGCAAGUUACUUGUCACGAGUGUGCGUUCCGAUCUUGCGCCCAGUGCCUUGUUGCUUGGCAUAAAGAUGUUACAUGUGCGGAGUAUGCGGCCAAGCAUGUCGACGAGAAGAUAAGUGAAGAGGAAAAAGACACACUCAAGUAUAUGCAAAAGUUGGAUGGAAAGAGGUGUCCGAACUGUCAGUUGGUCAUUGAAAAGGAUGGGGGAUGUGAUAGUAUGUUCUGUGUAGGUUGCCACAAGUACUUCAACUGGGCCAGUGCCGCUUCAGCCUUGACCGGUGCUAAGAGAGCCGAAGUGCCUUACAUUCGUGACAUGCCUUACUGGCAGAAUGUCGGUACUGUUACUUGCGAAAUGGACGGUAUCCUUGGACUGGGUGGUACUGCCGGUACUGUUGCUGUCACAUCAUGAGUGGUCAUCACUCAGUGUUGGGGAAACAUGG